ACAGCCUCCUGCCAGGAUCUCUGGUAUGUCUGUGGGAGUGUUGCAACCCCUCCAUCCUCCCUUCUCCCUCAGGUCUCCAGCAGCUGUGACUAUGUCUUCGUCAGCGGGAAGGAGUCACGGGGCUCCAUGAGUGCCCGGGUCACAUUCACAUACGAGCACCUCUCUGCCCCGCUGGAGAUGACGGUGUGGGUGCCCAAACUGCCACUGCACAUCGAGCUCUCGGACACCCGGUUGAGCCAAGUGAAGGGCUGGAGGGUGCCCAUCCUGCUGGACAGGAGGUUAGUGCGGGACAGCGAGCACGAGGAGGAUGAAGAGGAGCGGAAGCAGAGCCGUGGCUGUGCCCUGCAGUACCAGCAUGCCACGCUGCAGGUCUUCACCCAGUUCCACACCACAGCGGCGGAGGGCACGGGGCAGGUGGUCACCAUGCUGGGGCCCGACUGGCUAGUGGAGGUCACCGACCUGGUCAGCGACUUCAUGCGCGUGGACGACCCGCGGGUGGCCCAUAUGGUGGACAGCUUCACGCUGGCUGGGAGGGAGCCGGGCACCACGCUCUUCAAAGUACCCCCCCGGCCGCCUUUCUCCACCCCCGAGAAGGUCAGCAUCACAGACCUGAAGGCCCAGGUGGUCUCCAGCCUCUCGCUGUCCCUCCACCCCAGCCCUGGCAAUAGCCACACCAUCAUUGCCCGGACGUCUGUGCAGCAGACCCUCAGCUUCUUCAAGCAGGAAGCACUCCUCAGCCUGUGGAUUUCCUACAGCGACGGCACCACGGCCCCGCUCUCCCUGUACAACCCCAAGGACUACAACCUGGUGGUGAGCAGCCUGGACGAGAAGGUGGUCUCGGUGACCCAGGACCGGGCAUUCCCCUUGGUGGUGGCAGAGAGCGAGGGUGCGGGGGAGCUUCUGCGGGCUGAGCUGGUCAUCUGUGAGAGCUGCCAGAAGACCAAACGCAAGAGCGUGCUCUUCACAGCCUUGGCCAGCGUGCGGGUCCACUUUGGGUCUGAGGAGGACCCAACUUAUGACUACGACCACAUGCCCAGCAAGCCGGGGCUGGCGGAGACAGGGGCGAGCACCACCCUGCGGGCAGAGGUGGAGAAGAAAGCGGAGCCGAGCGAGGACAGUAAGAUGUCCAGCGCGUCUCACCCCACUGAGGACUUCCCCACCAUUCCCACUGGCUUCGUCCAGGUGACUAGGGGGCUGACAGACCUGGAGAUAGGCAUGUACGCUCUCCUGGGUGUCUUCUGCCUGGCCAUCUUGGUCUUCCUCAUCAACUGCAUUGUCUUUGUGCUGAAAUACCGGCACAAACGCAUCCCACCCGAAGGCCAGACCAACAUGGACCAUUCCCACCACUGGGUCUUCUUGGGCAAUGGGCAACCCUUGCGGGCUCACAAUGACCUCUCCCCCCAGCCCGAGAGCCCCGGGAACCCCCUGGAAAAUGUCCAGACCUGCUGCCAUGGGGACCACCACAGCAGUGGGAGCUCACAGACCAGUGUGCAGAGCCAGGUCCAUGGUCGUGGGGAUGGUUCCUCAGGGGGCUCCACGCGGGACCAGAACGAGGACCCGCUCAACUCACCCACCUCCAAACGGAAGCGGGUGAAGUUCACUACCUUUGCCACGCUGCCCUCUGAUGAGCUGGCCUACAACUCUAUCCCCAUCGCUGAUGAGGAGGACUUGGAGUGGGUCUGCCAGGACAUGGGGCUGCAAGACCCUGAAGAGCUUCACAACUACAUCCGCAGAAUCAAAGAGAUCGCUUAA